AUGCCAAUCAAACGCGUUGCCGUCAUUGGCCUGGGUCCCGGCGGUGCCAUCACCAUCGAUGCGCUCGCAAAAGAGAAGGCAUUUGAUGUGAUCAGUGUCUUCGAGCGCAAAGAAGCUCCAGGCGGAUGCUGGAUUGAAGACCGACACCCGCAUCCGGACCUGGACCCGUCAACAUUCGAUUGGCUUGCUUCGCGCAAAGCAGACACACCAUUGGAGAUUCCACAAUCACUUCCCGCAAGAACACCUAAGUCAUCACAGCCUCGCUUUGAGGAAUCGUCGGUGUAUCCGUACUUGGAAACAAAUGUCGAUUCCGUGCCGAUGUCUUUUACGCAGGAACCCAUUCCUGUGGAGCGCAGCAGGCUGUCCAUUUCGCGACAUGGUGAGGACACGCCGUUUAGACACCACUCGACAGUGCGAAAGUACAUCGCGGGACUAGUAAACCGUAAUGGGUAUGAGAAUCUGGUGUCAUACAAUACCGCCGUCGAACUUGCCGAGAAGGUCGGUAGUGAAUGGAGACUAGUCCUCCGUAGAAACAGCGGCAACGAAGACGACGAGUGGUGGGAGGAGCGCUUUGACGCCGUCAUUGUGGCCAGCGGUCAUUACAACGUUCCGUACAUCCCCAAGAUCGAAGGGUUAGCAGACCUGGAGAGAGCAAGACCAGGCAGCGUCAAACACAGCAAGAUGUACCGCGGACGGGACGCGUACCGAGGAAAGAAAGUUGUCGUUGUCGGUGCAUCCGUCUCCGCGGCCGACAUCGCAUACGACCUCGUACAUGUCGCGCAACACCCAGUGUACGCGGUCAUCAAAGGCCACAAAGCGAACGGCUACUUUGGCAAUGAGGCGUUCAGGCACCCUGCUAUUACAGCUAAACCUUCGAUUUCUCACGUUUCCACUGCGAAUGGUGAAAGUAAUGUGCAUUUCGUGGACGGUACAUUCGUUCCGGAUGUCGAUCACAUCAUAUUUGGUACAGGCUACUCGUGGUCGCUCCCUUUCCUGCCGAAAGUGGAGGUUAGAAACAAUCGCGUACCUGGAUUGUAUCAGCACGUGGUAUAUCAACAAGAUCCUACGUUGCUGUUUGUCGGAGCCGUAGGUGCAGGCUUGACGUUCAAAGUAUUUGAGUGGCAUGCCGUGCUGGCAGCGCGCAUUCUAUCAGGUCGUGCCAGGUUGCCACCUCUGGAGGAGCAACAGCGGUGGGAGAGAGAGCGCGUCGCACAACGAGGCGACGGGCCUCUGUUCACAUUGAUCUCCCCCGAUUUCGAAGAAUACUUCGAGACAGUGAGGAAGCUUGUUGGUGUGCUGAAGGAAGGAGAGCCGGGGCGAAGGCUGCCCAUUUUCGAUCAUUCGUGGCUGGAGACAUUCAUGAAAGGGCAUGAGAGACGGAAGAAAUGGUGGAGGGAGGAGAAUGAGAAAGCACGAGGACUAAUAAAGAUGCCACGCGCCAGGCUUUGA